GUUUCUACCAGAAUCUCCAAAAUGGUUGAUGUCUCAAGGUAGAAAAARCCAAGCUUGGCAAGUAAUGACUAAGCUUGUUCCUUCAGCUGUUCAUGCUAAUAUAGAUAAUGAUAUCCAGGAUACRGUUGAAAUUAGAAAGUCAAAAAAAAGUCAAGGAAAAUGUAAAGAGUUUUUGUCUACUUUUAUUGCAUUGUUUUCYACUUGGGAUUUAUCUGUCAAGACUAGUAUUUCUUUUUCUUGUGGAUUCGUCUGUGGUCUAUCAUAUUAUGUUAUUGCAUUAAAUGGUGAUAAUAUUACUGCUGAUCGUUACAUAUAUGUUGCGUUGAAUGGAGUUGUUGAAGGCUUAGCAUACUUAUCAACUAUUCCAUUAUUACUUUACGUUGGACGCAAAAUAGCAGUUUCCGGUUUAUUUUUUGUAUCCGGAAUAUUGCAACUUGCUUUAUUAACAAUACCAAAAGAAAGUCCAAAUUUAUUAUUAUUUGUUGCUUUGCUUGGAAAAUUUUGUGUGAGUGCUGUAUUUUCAGUUAGUUUGCUUUAUAUAUCAGAGUUAUAUCCAACUACAAUAAGAAAUACCGGCCUUGGAACAUCAUUGACUAUUUCUCAAAUAGGAUCUGUUAUUGCACCAUAUGUAGUUGAAUUAUUGGGAGCUAAAGCUUGGUAUUUUCCAAGUACGGUGUGUGGAGUAUUAGGCAUYUUUGUUUCAAGCUUAGUUCUAAUGUUGCCUGAAACAAAGGGAGCAGUAUUACCAGAUACUUUAGAAGAUAUGAAAACUACUAGAUCUGCUAAAGUUACCAAUUGUUGUAAGUUUUAGUACUUUUUACCAUUCUGUUACAUUCAUUAUACAUUAYACUUUUGAUAACGUUGACACAUUGAUUACAAUUAUUUAGACAAUAUAAUAACUCAUACUAUUGUUUGUUUUAAUGGAGAAUCACAGUUAAAUGGGAUGAAUAUUGAUAAGUCAUAAAUUAUAAUUAUCAAUUAAAAUAAAAAUAAAAAUGUAAUCAUUUUUGUGUUAAAUAUUUCAAUAAAAUUUUUGAACAAAUUUUGUAAAUGAUCUCCACAGAUUAUUUUUACCAAAUUAAAUUAGAGAAGUUUUUCUAAUUAAAGYGUAGUUUAAUUUUGUUACUCAAUUUGAAUCUUUUAUUUAUGUUAUUGGUAUAGUGAACAUUUUUAAAUUUCAAAUGUGCUAUUAAAUUCACUUUCAAUAUUUAUUUAGUAAAAUUACAUUAUGGUGAUCAAUACGUCAUGUACAUUAUAGUAA